CUGCCAGGAAAACAUCUGUUUGUUCCUGCGCGUAUUUCAGCGUGGAAUCUCCGCAAUGACGCGCGUGAACGCCACGCAGCUUUUCACGCAGCGUAACCUGACGCGGCGCUGCAAGAAGACCGACACGGCGAACGACCAAUGGCAGAGAGACGCGCACACCCGUGCAGGGGCCGCCGGUCAGCAGAGCUUCUGCGCCUGGUCUACGAAUCUGUACACGUUGCUGAAUUCCGCUCGAGCGAGUCUUCAGGUCGCUUUAGCUUCCACGGCUGACGCGCUGGACGCGCUCCACGCUGGUGAUGGUGAUGAUGUGGAGGAACCCAAACAUCACCGCGUGCUUUUUGGCAUUGUGCCUCUGGGUACGUUUGGGAGCUGUUCCCGUCGCUGUGGAUAAGACCAAAAUAAGCCCCCCAGAAGAAAAUCUGGAGCCACCCAGAACUGCAGACACCGGCUUGCACUAUGACCGCUACCUCAGGGAAGUCGUCGAUUUCCUGGAGAAGGAUCCACAUUUCAGAGAGAAACUCCGUAACACAGACAUGGAGGACAUCAAACAAGGGAAGCUUGCCAAGGAGCUGAACUUUGUCAGCCAUCAUGUGAGAACCAAGCUGGAUGAGUUGAAGAGGCAGGAGGUGAACCGGUUGCGCAUCCUCAUAAAAACCAAACAAGACAUUGAAGGAGGACAAGGGAUGACCGUAGACCACCAAGCCUUGCUGAAACACUUCGAGCAUCUGAAUCACAUGAAUCCACACACAUUUGAAGUGGAUGAUUUGGACCGUCUCAUUAAAUCGGCUACUCAUGACCUGGAGAACUAUGACCAGGAGCGACAUGAAGAGUUUAAGAAGUAUGAGAUGAAGAAAGAGCAUGAGCGGAGAGAGCGGUUGAAGACGCUGGAUGAGGAAACGCGCAAAAAAGAGGAAAAACACUAUGAAGAAAUGAAAAAGAAACAUGCAGACCACCCCAAAAUCAACCACCCUGGUAGUCAGGAUCAGCUGAAAGAAGUCUGGGAGGAGGCUGACGGUUUGGAUCCUGAUGACUUUGACCCAAAGACUUUCUUCAGUCUACAUGACUCUAACGGUGAUGGAUACUUUGACGAACAAGAGUUAGAAGCCCUUUUUACCAAAGAGCUAGAAAAAAUCUAUGACCCCACACAAGAGGAAGAUGACAUGGUGGAGAUGGAGGAAGAGAGACUACGGAUGAGGGAGCAUGUUAUGAAUGAGGUCGACACUAACAAGGACCGGCUGGUUUCGUUAGAAGAAUUCAUGAUUGCCACAACGAGGAAUGAGUUUAAAGAACAAGAUGCAUGGGAGACUCUGGAGCAAAACCCAGUCUACACUGAAGAGGAGAUGAGAGAGUUUGAGGAGCACCUGGCAAGAGAGGAGAAAGACCUGAAGCAGAAAACGGAUGACCUGCAGAAACAGAAAGAGGAACUACAGAGGCAGCAACAGCAGCUCGAAACCCAGAAACUCGAGCUACAACAGGCAAUGGAACACAUGGAACGCAUAAGAGCACAGAAAACUGAACGUCCAGCAGUGGUCAAAGGACAUUCAGUUCCCGCGGCACCCCUUGAAGAAGGUGUGGGAGUCCUACCAGGAAAUAAUCAGCCCUUGCUUGCACAUUAUAAACCAGAUGUCCCUACGCACUCUUAGCAGCUCCGCAAAGUUUCCUUCAUUUUGUUAAUGUGCUGUUCUGUUUGUGUAACUGGUGUCAAAUAUUUUCUUCAUAUUUGUAAAAAACUAAAUUUAAGUUAAUUCUGUCUAAGUUUUGUCCAUCUUUAAAUAAAUUAUUAUUGUUGUAAAAUAA